CUUAGUUGAUGUUUUGCUGUGCGGCGAUAAGCUCUGAUUCAGCGCAGCAGAGUGAUUUUUUCGUGCUGAUUCUCCAUCCGACUUUUGAACACCGAGUCUACAGAAGAGUUUUGUCUCUUUCUGGCGGUGCUAGCUUAGUGAAAGAAAGAGCUGCUUAUAAAGCACCUUCAAGUUUUCCCCCUUAAUAAAUGGAUUUCCAUGCACGCAUUUGCAUUAUUCACAGUGAAAGCGAGAUCUUAUUACACUUUUAACGCUUGUCUACGCUUAUUGUAGCAAUAAAAUGCCAGCGGAUCCAUCAGAAGAAAUGGCGACUCCUCAGGUUCCUAAAACCGAGCUAGAAGAGCUGCAAAUUAGUGCGCAAGGAGUUGCUGAUGAGUCCCUGGAGAGUACGAGACGUAUGCUUGCUCUCUGUGAAGAGAGCAAGGAAGCAGGGAUACGUACACUUGUAGCCCUUGAUGAUCAAGGAGAACAACUGGACCGCAUUGAAGAAGGAAUGGAUCAAAUAAAUGCUGAUAUGAGAGAAGCAGAAAAAAAUUUAAGUGGAAUGGAAAAAUGUUGCGGAAUUUGUGUCCUUCCGUGCAAUAAAAGUCAAUCAUUCAAAGAGGAUGAUGGUACUUGGAAAGGUAACGAUGACGGAAAAGUUGUAAAUAACCAACCGCAAAGAGUCAUGGAUGAUAGAAAUGGAAUGAUGGCACAGGCGGGAUAUAUCGGCAGGAUAACGAAUGAUGCUAGAGAGGACGAAAUGGAAGAAAACAUGGGUCAAGUAAACACAAUGAUAGGCAACCUCCGCAAUAUGGCACUUGAUAUGGGCUCUGAGCUAGAAAAUCAAAACCGUCAAAUUGACAGAAUUAAUCGAAAGGGUGAAUCUAAUGAAGCUAGAAUAGCUGUUGCAAAUCAAAGGGCCCAUCAACUAUUAAAAUAAUGAGACUCUAAGGUGGCGAAUAAAUAUUCAUAAACAUGAAAACAAUUUAUAUACUCGCAUUAUUUAUUAUUUCGAUUUGUGCGUGUGCUUACAUUUCCUUCAUUCAUUUUCCUAUUUUUAACCCUAUAUGUGCUCCAAACGAUAUUAAAAGAAUUUGACACUAAUUUAAAAUGUAAAAUAACGUUACAGAUAACCUAAGAAUGUUUAAUUUUAUUAUUAACAAUAGCUAUUUCUCUGCGUAUCUAUUACAGCAAUAGUUUACAAAAAAAUAUCCAUUAAACGCUGCUAAGCAAUUGAUUCCGUUAGUUCUAUAUCACGAAAUCGACACAAACAUUUAUUCAAUGGCAAAGUUUAAAGUUAAAAGUGUCAAAUUUCCGACUUUUUCGAUUUAUAUUUUAAUAUCUUGAUUUGUUUCGAUACGAAUUAAGAUAUAUGAAAGAGUUUGAAAAAAACGACAUUUUGCAUUUUUAACUUAAAAAGUUUUAAGAAAAAGUGCCAUUAAAAUAAUAUGUUAUUGACAAUUUAUUGCUCCUAAGGUCGAAAUUAACACUAAACACUUAAAUUGUCUUUAAUCGUUAGGGCUAUCAAUCUCAUUUAAACCAAAACUUCAAAUUCCAGACAAUUUCUUGACGAAUGACCGAACGCCACGAAACAUGAUUUGACUUUAUCUGUAGUUUAUGACUACCUACCAGAUAACUUUCCGUCAUGUUAUAGUUUUGACAAAACCGUUGCUGAAGAAUUCAAAAUCUACGUUUGAGCACUUUCCGAGCUUUCGUUGUCAUAAAAAGCAAUUUACCGGAUUUGUUAGUUACUAGUCAUUUUAAUAAGCUCCUAUAUUAGUUGGACCCUCACACAAACAUGACAUUGAUAGCCCCAGAAACGGAUAAAACUCAAGUGAAAGAAAUUGACUAAGCAAAGAAGUGAUGUAUUUGGUACUUUGACUAUGAUUUCCGAAAACUAUUUUGUGAAGGAUUGUUUUCUGGUUUUGGUUCGUAGAUUUUUAAGUUUUUUUUUUUAAAUUUUUUUGUCGACCUAUCAUCACGAUUACAAAUACUUAAUUUAGUAUAAUAGGUUAUUAAAAACAAAUCCAAAAAUUAUAAUUUUUGAACUAAACAUUAACUUUUAUGUAUGUAUAGCAUUUUAAAAUAGAUCAAAAUUAAAAUCAAUAUAAAGUGUGUGUUAUGUAAGUAGAAUAGAGGGGAGUAGUUAUCACAUAAACUGUUUCUUAAUUAUGUUAGUUUAAAUUUAUAUUAUUGAAUGAAUGUCAUUGCCUUAAGCAAUAAUUACACAGCUUAUCGCGUGAACUCGCCCUAAUUGUAUAAUAUCUGUAAUUUCUCAAAUAUAACUGUUUGAUUGACAUAUAAACAUAUGGUGGUCUUCGAUGCAUCGGAUACACCCGAUGCCCUUUAGGUCAAAUCUGUAUAGGCAUUUCAUUCUUUGUUCUAUUAUAUAAGUGAGAAACAGUGCAAGUUGUUGAAAUUAUUAUAUUGUAUAGGCACAAUCUAUAUUUAUUUUUCUUUAUGUUAUCAGUUACAAAAAUUUAUCAAUUUAUUAAAAGUAAAAGCACAAGAAGUUAUUAUGAACAAAAAUUUUCUCCUAAUAUCCUUUAAAUCAAAAGCAUACAAGUACCAAAUAAACCUAAACAUGCAUUGCUGGCUCUAGUAACAUUUUUUGCUCACUUUAAAAUGUUAUUAAUUCCUUCUUUUGUGUGUUAGGAGGUAUUUUUAAUUAAUAAUAUAAAUAAAUUAUAAUAUUUAAAUGAAUUUAAAUAAAUUAUUGGUCUAUGCAAAAUA